CGACCACGAAGGGAGGGCCUUGCUCGGCGCUUCAAACCUCAGAUUGUCACACCCUCUUUUAGCUUUCGCUCCUGUUGGAUUUUAGUAAGAGCUCCCAGACCACAAAAACUCAAUGAUAGCAGUGUUGCGAGGCAAGGGGGGGAUCAGUCGAAGAGUAGAAGAGAGACGUUGGCGAAACAAUCAAAACCAACCAUCUUGCGAUCUGUGUUGUAGAAGAUCGAGGUGUUUGAUUGCUUGAUUGAGUUGGAUUUCCUCUCGGUCGGUCCACUUUAGUAGGCUCUUCGACUGGUCUCAGCUCAUUGGUCCAUUGGUUUGCGGCGGCAUUGUCAUUUAUUUCUACCCACCCUCCUUAGUAUUAUCCAUCCGUCACCAUCUCGUCAUUACAAGUGAAUUAAGCUUGUUAACUACCGUGCCGUCGUUGGUCGGGCGGUCGAGGGGAUCAUUUUCCUCCGUGGAAAAGCUAAGGAUUCGAAUCAAUCGAUCGGCAUUUCCGCUAAAAACAACUCAUGAGCGGCCCACAAUAUCAGUACCCUCCAAAUCAUCACGGCAGGCCAUACAUACAAGUCAACGACCAUGAUGUCCUUUGUGGUAGGGGAGUUAACAUUGCCAGCCAUCCAGGGAACGAAAGAUUUCGUGCGCUCGUCCAGACGCGACACGACGAGAACUACUGUACCCUCUACACUACUACCGAGAAGCGUGCCGUGGCUGAACAGAUUCUCAAGCAUAUCAAGUCUCUCGAUCCUCCUGGAAGAUUUCUAAAGCGGGUAGGGAGAGCUCCGACGUCGCGAGGGCUCAAUGGUCCAUGGGAACAGCUGUCUGAUCGGGAGGCGAUCAAGAAAACCUGUCAGGCUCUCAGAGAUUCCAACCGGACGGAUCGGACCGGGUAUGCCGCUGCUGUCGCUGUGCCAGAUGAUGUACGAAUGCAUGCAAGCUCUAGAGUUGCUUCUGGACUUUCCAAUAAAGAACAGGCCGCCAGAGCCGCCGCAGCCAAAAUCAAAGCCGACGGAUCCACGGCCACAACAGCAGGAGUGCCCAUCCCUUCCCCACGGGCACCGCAUCCGACAACAAUUACACUUCCAGUGGCUCCAGGGCCCUUGCCAAUGCCUCCCUAUCAUUCUGGAGUGCCAGGGGUCGUACCAGUCCCAAUGUCUUUGCCGAUUCCGAUGGGGAUCCCCAUGCCAAUGCCACCGGACCUGUCCACCACUACCCAGAGCUAUGCCAUUCCUCCUGGGGUACCGCUUCCGCCUCCUCCGCCUCAACCCACGCAUCACCAUCACCAUCAUCCGAUUCACCCUCCGCCUACAGCUUCUCAUCCUAGCCAUCGUCUUGCUCAUCUUCCGGUGGCGCCUCAUUCCGCGACAGCUCCAUCUCCUCACCCUCCAGCAAUACAUCGUCAUCAUCCUCCUCCUCUCCCUCCAGUAGUCCUUACACUCCACGCUCCACAUCCGGCCUAUCAUCAACACCAUGCACCCCAUCAUCAUCAGGUAUUAAUCGCCCCACAUCCGCCUCCUGCUCCUCCGAACGUCCGUGCUAGUCUUGUGUUGUCUCAUCCGCCGCCACAACCCAAGGCACAGGGCAAGGCAGCACAGCCACAACCUCAGCUAAAACCUCCACCACAGCGAACAUCACCAGUCGAACCAGCCGUUCGGGCGUCGGCUCCAGCACGGGUACACGCCCCACCACCAGCUGGCAAUGCAAAACCUCCACCUGUUCAGAUUCAACCAAUGCCCCCUCCUCCACGGCAGCCUCCUCCACAUCCUCCGAUGCCAACGGAGGAGUCUUUGAAGCGAUCCAGAAGUAGCUUUGAAAGCGAUCAAGCAUCUCUGUCGGGUGAGGAAGCAGCGGAGUGGUCCAAGAAACCGAAAGCAGUGGAUUCCAAGAUGCCAGCUCCGCCUCCAGCAGCCACAAGGACGAUCUCCGUGCCAAAUCCGAUCGACACGAGUAUAGCAGCGCAUGCCCCCAUUGGCCACACCAUUACACCUUCCAGCACGGGAGGCUCUGCUGCUGGCUAUCUCUCUGAGGGCUUGCUUUCGAGUUACGACUUGGGUAUGCCCGCUAGAACACCGUCCCAAGAAACUUCAACGACAACGGGGACCACUCCAACAACCGAAGGAACGGCUAGUACGAGGGCUCAACGUCUCUCUCUGUCCCCUGCAUCGGCCAUGCCUCCUUCGCCUAGUCUGGCCUACGACCCCCACCGUGCCGGAGCUGUGAAUCCAAGACUUUAUUCUCACGAUUUCGGUACGCCGCCGACUCCAACAUUGAGUGAACUUCAUCACCCGUAUGGUUACCACCCUUUCAUGCAGCACCACGACCAUGCCGGAUUGGCCCCGGCUGAUCCUAACAAGCAACCGUUCCCAUCUGCAAACGCCUUUUUGGAACAUCAACAGCUACAAGAGGCCGCCUCGUAUUAUGGAACCGCCCCGGAGGAAGGCGUAGAAUUCUCCACUACACCAGCCCCUUUUCCUCCUGACGAAUCUCUGCUUUGACAGGGUUGACUCGGAGUGGGGCUGGUAUCUCUCAACUCAAGCAAACAACAACAAACCAUCUCAUUUUCGUCUUUCGAGUGAAUUACCACUCUAUCAAACACUCCACUCCGUCUUCUAUGUUUAUAUAUACACCGGAAGCUCUUUGGUGAGCUUUCGCUGGGGAAAAUGUGGAACCCUUUCACAUCAUCAAUCAAUCAAGUCCAAUUUCACCUUUCUAUCUCAUUCACUCACGCAACAACAAACAAAAUCCCUCUAGAACUAACUGUACACAGGCACCUUCAUGCCUGGCAGGAACAAAGAAACAAAUACAAGCUAAGAUAAGCGCUAUAGAACAAAGCUUAUGCUAUGCCAUCACAGCCA